AUGCGGACGUGUGCGCGCGGUCAACGCGCGCGCGCGCGUCUCUGGAGUCGUCCGCGAUUUGCGAGGCUUGGAGUCGUCGACCCACGCCCACGCCGCGACGGGCGUCCGCACGGUCGAACCACGGCGCGUGACGCCGUCGUGCGCGAACGAGGUGUCGACAUUGUCGUCGACGAAAGCACGUUUUACCGACCGGAAUCGGCGCAGGCGCGCGACCUAGGAGCUCUGCUCGCUCGGUCGCACGGACGAGCGCUUGAGCGGGGAUUGGAUGCGUGCGACGGGACGUGCGCGAGCGGCGCCAGGUUCGCGAGAAUGGCCGCGUGCGGGGUGAACUUGCGAAGCGUCACGUGCGUUGACGUAUCAGCGGAUGUGAGAGACGCGCUGAACGCGAAUCUGGACGCGCACGUCCGCUCUCGAGGAGUGGAGACAUCUUGUGCAUUCGAUGACUCACAGCGCGUGUUCGCAAGAAAGUGGUUGGCGGGAGAACUGUACGAUUACGUCGACGUCGAUGGCUUCGGAAGCGCCAAUUUCGCCGACAGCGCACUGCGUAUCGUUCGCCACGGCGGAUACUUUUAUGCGACGUCCACGGACGGUCGAGCGCUGUGUGGACAAAAUGCAGAGCGUUGCGCCACGGCUUUCGGUAACAGCAUCGUAUCGCCAUCGAGACCGUCGGUGAACGAGACAGCCGUGCGCGUGUUCAUCGGCGAUGUUGUACGCAGGGGUAGUGCGCUCAAGCUGCGCGUGACGCCCGUAUUUUCGUUAUUCCAUCCGCACGGCCCGGUCUUUCGCGUGAUGUUUCGCGUAGACAAAAGGACUGAACUGAGUGGAUACGAUGCAUUUGGCAAAGAUUCGAAGCACAUUGGCUUUGUGGGAUACUGCGAUGCGUGUGGAAACACUGAAGUGAUUCAGCGGCCGUUGGUGGAUAUUUUCGGCCACAACAAACUUUCAGUUGACGAUUCACGCGCGCGUUGUUCGCUGUGCGCAAAACGCGAACCCUCGACAGUGGAUAGAAGCUCGCAGCUCGCGAUCUCGGGACCGAUGUGGAUCGGCUCAUUACACGAACGAGAGACUGUUAUCGCGAUGCGUUCUGAAGCAGAGGAUUUGGGAUGGCUAGAAGACAAGAGCGCAGCGCGUGGCCAGCUCUCGCUUCACGACUUGUUGCACGUAUUUGAGGAGGAGUCCGAUAUUCAGCUCUCAAAGGUCUCGCACUACUUCAGAACGGAUGAGCUCGGUCGCAAAGGACGAGCCAGACGCGUGCCACCUCGAGAUGCUUUACUCGACGCUCUUCGUGCCAGAGGAUUCGCUGCAACUCGAAGCUCAUUUGACGCGCGCGGAGUGAAGACGAAUGCAAGUAUCGACGACGUCAUUGAGUGUGCGAAUCGUGCAUGCGUAGACGAUGACUUCAUUUGUAUUGUAUGA